AUGAAGUCCUUGAAGUUGCAACUUUCUGAGACUUUGAAAUCCAUGAAGCAACAGGGUCUGGUAGAUGAUCAAUUCUCUUUAGUCUACUCCUUGAAAAGCAGUAUAGAAGAUCAUUUCUUCAUCGAAAUUAUAUCAGAGUUUUGCACUUGUGCCAGAGAAGACAUCAAACUUUUAACACAGAUAAUGAAUGAGGAGGUUUGGAACUACAAUUUGAUGAAAGAGUACGUUUAUAAAGUUAAAGGCAGCUCUUCAAGUUUUGGAGCAUGUACAAUGGCAGCAGCACUUACUGCCUUUGAACGUGCCAUUGAUUCUGCCUCUAAAGAAGAAUGUCUGAAGGCACUUAAACAAACUCAGCGUGAAUUUAAUGCGCUACAAGAAAAACUUCAUGCUUGCCUUCAGCUUGAAAGAAGGGUUGUUCUCUCAGCUAUUGAGGAAGCCACUUUGUGA